AUGGUGCAGUUCUACGACCUCAAGGCGCUCAAGCCCAACGAAGAGACCUACACCUUUGACCAGCUCAAGGGCAAGGUUGUCCUGAUUGUCAACACGGCGUCAAAGUGCGGAUACACGCCCCAGUUUGCUGAGCUCGAGGAGCUCAACAAAAAGUACGCCGACCAGGGCCUCGUGGUGCUCGGAUUCCCGUCCAACCAGUUUGCAUCCCAAGAUCCGGGAAACAAUGACGAGAUUGUCACCUUCUGCCAGAGGAACUACGGCGUCUCGUUCCCAAUGAUGGCCAAGUCGGACGUCAACGGGAGCAACACCAACGAGGUGUUUAGCUUCCUCAAGUCGGCCAAGAAGGGCAUCCUGGGCACCGAGAUGAUCAAGUGGAACUUUACCAAGUUCCUCGUCGACAAGCAGGGCAACGUCGUCGAGCGCUACGGCUCCAACACCAAGCCCAGCGCCAUUGCCGAGACCAUCGAGAAGCUCCUCAAGCAGUGA